GGCCAGUCAAGCGGGAUCCAAGAUGGCGGCGGCAGCUGCGGGGAGGCGACGCAUACAUCUCAGUUUUGGCAACUGCCCUGUAAAAGAAGCAAAAAACCAUUCUGACUGGCAAGUCAAGGCAAUUGAGGAACACUCCUCCAGUUAAAGAGUGACACAGUGCUUGCCUUCCAUGGGUGCCAAGCGUUAUAACGGAAAGUGGAAUGCUAAUCUGAAAGGACGGCAGGCCUGCACGGAACAAUUUUCCAAGGGGGCACUUUCUGUGCGCUGUUUGUAUGCUUCCCUCAACGCUGCUCAACCGCGCGCAGGCGCAGAAGGGAAGUAGGGGGGACAAAGGGACUGGUUCUUCUGCAGCUUUUCUCCCCUUGGGCGGUAUGUCCGCUCUGUGCGAUCCCCCGGGGGUGGCAGGGCCUCCGGGGUCCAGCCCCAAACCAGCAGCUGCUUCUCCAUCGCUCAGUUCGCAAGAGCUGGCCCAGGAAAUCAAGGCCUUCCUUAGUGGUGUAGACCCUUUGCACGGCAACAAACUCACCCUGAAGGAGCAUGCCCGAUGUGCCAUCCUGCUGCUGCGCAGUCUGCCGCCUGCUCGCAGCGCCGUCCUGGACCACCUCCGGGGUGUCUUUGAUGAGUAUGUGUGCACCUACUUGCUGGACCUGGAGAGCAGCGAGGGUGGGCUGGGCUCCAUCCGCUCCCAGGGUCCCAACUUGGAUGACGUGGUGCAAGAGAUCCAGGCCGUGCUGUCCGAGUUUGUCCGCAUGAACCCCAAGGCGUGGGCAGCCUUGGUCUCGGCCUGGUCCAUCGACCUGAUGGGACAGCUGAGCAGCAAGUAUGCUGGCCGGCACGGCGUGCCCCACGCCAGCAGCCUGAAUGAGCUGCUGCAGCUGUGGAUGUCCUGCAAGGCGACUCGGACGCUGAUGGAGAUCUACACGCAGUGCCUCUCCUCCAUGAUCAGCACCUGCCCAGACGCUUGCGUGGAUGCCCUGCUAGACACCUCGGUCCAGCACUCUCCACACUUCGACUGGGUGGUGGCCCACAUCGGCUCGUCCUUCCCCAACACGAUCAUCAACCGCGUGCUCUCCUGUGGGCUGAAGGACUUCUGCAUGCAUGGCACGGCCUCGGCUGACCUCCUCCUCUUCCCUAGCGCCACAGCGGCAGACAAGAGGGUCCCCAAGAUCGCCUCGGUGGUGGGCAUCCUGGGCCACUUGGCCUCCCGCCACUCCGAGAGCAUCAAGCAGGAGCUGCUAAGGAUGUUCCAUGGGAGCCUGGGCCCCACGCGGGACCAGCAGCAGAAGGCCACCGUGCCCUUCUUGCUCCAGCUGGCCGUCAUGUCUCCCACUCUGCUGGGCACCAUCUCGGCCGAGCUGGUGGACUCCCUCAAGCCAGGCGUGCUCAACCAGCUGCACCAGCACUUUGCCUCGCUCCCUCGGGAGGAUCUGGAGAACAUGGUGAGUAUCGUGGUGCACCUCAUCUGCCAGACGUCGGGAGGAGCUUACCGCACCCUGCAGUUCCUCAUCAACACAGCCAUGCCGGCUUCUGUCAUCACCACCCCAGGCCUGGCCGUCCACGACAGCGUGCGAGAGGCUUGCGACCGUGUCAUCCAGCUGCUGCUGCUCAACCUCCAGAAACUGGUGUACAACCGGGGCUCAGCCAGCUUGGCAGAGGCCCCUCCCCGGCCGGUGCCUUUCCUGGACGAGCUGAAGGGCCACGUGCGGGAACUGUGUGUGGAGACGCUGCGGCUGGAGAGGAAGCGGUUCCUCUGGCAGCACCAGCUGCUGGUCCUCCUCUCCGUCUACUGCACCCCCAGCUGCGCCAGCGAGGCCCUCUUCUUUUUGCUGACGCUGGCCAGGAGCCAGGAGGAGCUCAGCCUGGCCACUCAGCUCCACGCUGUGCUCAGCUCUUGCAUGAGCGACCUGCUGCCGGCCACCGUGAAGAAGUGCGUGUGCCAGAUCCACGCCGGCGCCCUCUCCGAGCAGCACAUGGCUCAGCUCUUCCAGAACCUGGCCUUGAUCAUGCAGAGGGAGAGCGAGGGCCCCGCCUCCAUGGGCCACCAGCUGGGCCAGGCUGUCGCGUCGCACCUCUAUGACUUUGGGCAGCUCCUGCUGCACUGCAACCCGGAGGUGGCCCAGGUGGCGGCCUUGCUGCUCUCCGUCUGCCCCAUGCCAAAGGCCAUCCGGCCAGCUCACCUCCUUUUCCUCAUCCGCUCAGCCGUCCACCACUUCUUCCUGGUGCUGCGCUGCAAGUCCCCCACAGGCAUCAGCUACGGAAGCCGGCUCCUCUGCUGCCUCAGCGGGGCUUCGCCCACCGCUGGCAAGGCCAUACUUCAGUACCUGGUGGAAGGGGCCCUGCACCCAGGGAACGCCGAGAUCUUUGGCGGGCUGCCCGAGCCUCCUGCGGUUGGGAACGACCCUGCCACCCUGGAAGGCACCAAGGUCUCCCUGCUGGAUAUCAACCGCCGAUUUAUGGCCGCAGUGAACUUCUCGGGGAGUGUAUGGUCUGUGUUCCAUGCCGGCGUGAUUGGGAGGGGCCUGAAGCCGCCCCACGCCCCCUACCAACGAGAGCCGGAGGAGAUAUCCCACAAUGUCCAGACCUUCCUGGGUUUGCUGCUGCGGUGCUGCGGAGCUGAGCGCUGCAGCCCGGAGCCCUCCCAGCACGCUGCAGUCAGCCCCGAGGCAGCGAAGACGGUGGCGGUGGUGCUGGUGGAGACCGUCUGCCCUGACAUCACCAACAGCGAAUUGGCGUGGCCUCCGGAGGAGCACACCCGCAACACAGUGGAGCGGGACAUCCAGAUUGGGAGGGCUUUCCGCGACAACCCCCUGCUCUUCCAGCUGCUUAGCCUGGUGGCAGCGGGGAGGCCAGCCCUCUGUUACUGCUCAGUGCUUCUCCGCGGCCUCCUGGCGACUUUGAUGGCGCACUGGGAGGCUUCGCGGGAGAACGACACCACCAGCUCCCCCUGGCACUUGCAGGCCUCCUGCGCCCUGGUGGCCUGCAUGGGCGAGGGCCACCUCCUCCCGCCCGUGCUCAGCAACAUGCAUGAGAUUUUUGACCAGCUGGCGCCCUUUGAGGUCCACCUCUUGCUCCUCAGCGUCUGGGACUACAUGCGCGACAACAGCCCGCUGCCGCAGAAGUUCACCUUCAACUCUGGCACAGGGCUCUUCUUCCGGGACUUCAGCAGAGACACCGACAUUGGCAAAUACCUUUGCGUCCUGCACAGCGUCCUGCAUAAAAACAUUGACCGGCUGGGGCUGCUCUCAGGGCGCUUCCAGAUCUAGCUCCCCUUUUGGUGCUCUUGCCCUGUGGGAUUGGUCAGCCUGCCUGCCACUGUCAGGGGAGGGAACAUCCUGCCCUCCUGCCUUUUUAAAAGUCUGGUUUUGAUUGUAAGCAAAGGAAAAACUGCCAUAUGACUUGUCCAGGUGUGCAGCAGUUGGGGGGUUGUCAUGAGAAAGAAGGAACAGAAGGUCCUUCUUUCCUAGGCCUCAUCUCUAUCCUCAGCUUCGAUGUGAUGCCCCCCCCCCCAAGCUGGUGUUGGCAGCUUAGUUUGCAGAAGGACCUAUGAAUUGUGAGCUGAAAAUGCAGUUAAAAGUAGUGAGAUGCUGCUUCAAAAGCACAACAUGCAGCAAGUAGAGAAGUUGCCAGGAUGACCUGGCACUUGAGAGGGUCAUAGGCCUCGGUUAAAGCCAGACGGUAGCAGUUUGGACACAGUCUGGUGUACUCUGCUGUGUGCCAUGUGUUAUGGCUGUCAAUGUCAACUGACAUAGCCAUAUCCAGGUAGGCUGAGGGGGAAAUGCCUGAAGCUUUUGCAUUUCUCUCUCUUGUUUUUCCAGAUCUGUUAGCUCACUUCCUUGCCAUAGUAUUGCUAUGAUCUGGAAAUCUGUUAAGAAUCCCACGGAGGUUACAAUCACUGAGCAGGUACACAUUCCUAAAUGCACAAGAAUAGGGAGGGGGCAAGGAGGGAAAUUUUGGUAAAUAAAUUCUGGUGCAAACCACCCCCUCCCCGCAAAAACAAACAAAACAAAACCCAUUUCCCCAUAAUAAAGGACAAAUAGAUUAAGUAAUAAUCACUUAUCGGGCUGCUCAGUUGGUGAGUGCGCAUAAGAAUGUGCAAAUAUUUCUAGUUACACAGAGUUGGUGAAAUGUUGCCCUACUGAAGAGCUCUUGGAAGACUUUCAUGUUUCUGGGUUAUGCAGAGCUCUUCUGUGGGCCCAAAAUGCAAUGCUUCAACACGAGCAGGGCCCAGUCAGUAUUGCCUUACUUGACGUGAGAGUGUUUUCCCCAUACUGCUUCACUAAAGUAAGGAUUUGGGCAGGUGAAGCCAUUUGCCUGUUUGGCUGCUUCUCAAGAGUGGCUCUGAGCUGACCAUUGAUUGCGCCCUACUACAAUUCCUGGUGAUGGGGGUUUGCCACAUGGGGUUGUAGCCAGCUAAGUCCUGUUCAUUGAAACUUUUAUUUCAGUGGGCCUUCUCUGAGUAGCACUUGGAUACAACACUUUGCAUAAACAGAUGUGGUCAGCUUAUCCUACAAAGCAGAGGGCUCUUCUCCAGAAGGUUUCUGAUGCUGUUGUGUGGGAACAACUGACCAUAGUGCCAGAACUUAGCUAAACUUAUCCGUGCGUACUUGAGCACUGAUCUAUAUAGCCAGUCCAAAGAAAGAUGUCCCCCUGUUGGUACCAGAGCUCCGCUUGUGUGUGACAAGAGUCCUGCUUGACCUCCUUGUGCCUAAAUGCCCUCUGGGCAAUUGCUACUUUCCUUUUCAGGGACGAUUCAAGUGCUAGAAAGAGGUCAUGUGUGGCACGGGGUUCUUGCUGUCAGUCAUUUUCAGCAGGGCUGGAGGGUUGCUGACCUUUCUGCUUUUGCAUCAUCACAGCCCAGUUGGGUGGUUUUUGUGGGAGGUGAUGGGUUAAACCAUUUUCUAAAUAAUAAAAAAGUGAAGAAGGAACUUCUGUCCCUUUGCUUUUUUCAGUUAGAGACAGAGGGCUAAGAGAGUUUCCAUCUUGAUGGCGAAAUAAGCAGUUGUAACAAUGUUGAGCAAAUUUCAAUUUCUUUUUCUUUUUUUUAAGGAAACGGAGCUUAUAUGACUCUGCAGCUGGCUUGGCAUACAAAGAGCAGCUCACGCAGCACUGGCGCUUUGUCCAGAAACAGUCUUCCUGCAAAUACUUUUUAAUUUGUAAAAAAAUAAUCAUAAUAAUUAAAUGACAAAUUCCAGCCAAUGAAAGAACACCAGCAGCCUUCCACCUAGGGUUGCUCUGGGGUUUAUGAAGCCAAAGAAGAUCAGUGCAAUUUUGUGAUCUGCGGUUAGAAUCAGUGCUGUUUCAAAAGGUUCAGUCUGCCAUCUUGAUUUUAAAAAACCCAUCCAAACACAGACAAAAACUUGUUCCUUGAUCUCAGGAACCAUUGUGCAAAAUUUGGUUAUGGUAUUUUAAGAGGUGUUCAAAAUGUAGAGCGAGGCAGCAGUAAAUCACAUUCUGCAAGUUGGAGUUAACUCUUUAUUAACAAAAACACAAUCUACACAGGAGUGUUAGGCCUAAUGAGCACAGCCACUCAUCUCCAGUAGAUCCUGCCUCCAUGAAGCAGUUGCUGAGACUAAAGGUCCCCACCUCCCCACAGCUGUCUACAUCCCCUCCUCUCCAGGGUUUUUUCCAAGCAAUCUCCACCCUUUUCAUGCGUCUUCUGGUUCUGGGAGGCAAGGAAGAGAGCUUGUCGCAGCAGGAGUGGGAGACACUGUUGAUGUUUUUAUGAUCGUGGUGCUAUAAAGUUCAUUAGUGGGUCAUAAAACACUCGUGGACCCACGCUGCCAAGUUGCAAUGACGCCCAGCCACGUUCCCGCUGUGCCAGUUUAAAAUCCUCUUCUUGUAUCUAGCAGAGUUACUGCGCAACUGGAACCAGAUAGCAGUUUGCCGGUGUCUUCAAGAAAACAAGCACACUGUAGCUUCAAAGACUAACUUAAACUUUAUUUACUGAAGCUUAACAUAAUACAUCUAAACCAACUGAACUAAGCUGCAUUUUAGCAGCACUCUUAUCUCUUAACACUCCUCUCACCUAACUUUCUGCUCUCAUGCUCCAACUCAAACUUCACAGAGACACAGAGAGAGAGCAUUCUCUUUAGAGCAUGAUUUAUGACUACACGGCAAUUAGCAAUCAGCGCACAGCUGUGGGCUAGCACCCAGAGAAAUAAGAACGCCUGAGAGUGUUUUUUUAACUCCUUGCUGUCCAGAAUCCCAACAGACACCCUUGACACUUGACUUCUCUCCCCCCACCCUCCUGCUUCAGCUUCAGCCUCUGAUUCCAGACUUCUCUCUGACACAGACUCUCCAGCUCACUAGGCCCUGUUACCUCUUCGGUUUCUGACACCUCCUCUUCCCAGUCUUCUCCCUUGGACUAUUACUCAUUGUUAUCCCCAAGUUCUGAGCCUUCUCCCCUUGGUGCUUCUCCAUCUGGUUUCUCCCGCCAUUCCUUUGUGUCCAACCAGUUCAUAACAACAAACAACUGUCCAAAAUAUGUAGUAGAUAUACAAACAAACAAACUUAUAAGAACCUUGCUGCACCAGGCCAUUGGCUCAUUGAAGUCCAGCCUUCUGUUCACACUGACAGAUCAGAUGCCUUGCAGGUGGGCAGAGUGCUGUUGUGCUCAUGUCCUGCUUUCAGUUUCCCCACAGGCUUCUGGUUGGCCACUGUGAGAACAGGAUGCUGUACUAGAUCGGUCAAUGGCCAGAUCCAGCAGGUGUGUCUUGCCUUAUUAAGACAUUCUUACCCAAGGAUGUGUUGCCCUCAAGCUGUCAUUGGGCUCUAGCUCUCAUCAGCCCCAGCCAGCACAGGCAACAGGGAAGUUGCAGUUCAUCAGCACCUGGAAGGCCACAAGGUCACCUCAACUCUAAUCACUAUACCACACUGCCUUUCUUGAUAGCAUGGCAUUCAGUGUGGCUUUUACCAUGUCAAACUUAUUGGCAGCAGCUCCGUAGGGUUUAAUUCGGGGUAAAUUCUUAGCCCUACAUGGGGACACUAAUGAUUGAAUUAUUGGGACCUUCUGCAUGUGGAGCAGGUGCCCUGUUGUUGAACUACGGCCCUCUCGCCAUCGCCAGCUACCUGAUCCUGUUAACUGAUGACUGGUGCCAUAUCCACACUGUACAUUUAAGCAGCAUGGCUUCCCUUAAAUAAUGGGGACUGUAAUUUAAGGGUGCUGGGGAGAAAAGCAAUGACAAACCUAGACAGCAUCUUAAAAACCAGAGACAUCACCUUGCCGAUAAAGGUCCAUAUAGUUAAAGCUAUCAUUUUCCCAGUAGUGGUGUAUGGAAGUGAGAGCUGGACCAUAAAGAAGAAUGAUCACCGAAGAAUUGAUGCUUUUGAAUUAUGGUGUUGGAGGAGACUCUUGAGAGUCCCAUGGACUGCUAGAAGAUCAAACCUAUCCAUUCUGAAGGAAAUCAGCCCUGAGUGCUCACUGGAAGGACAGAUCGUGAAGCUGAGGCUCCAAUACUUUGGCCACCU